UCGAGGAAAGGCGCAGCUGUGUGCGGUGACACCGAACAGUGCCAUCAACAGAGAAGGAUAACCGUUUCUGCUCUUAGGGAAAAGGGCGACUAUCUACUUACUCUUCGGUGACAAUGACUACGAUGCAACAGUCAAAAUUAUAAACUGUUAAUAGAAACGUAAAAAAAAUCAAAUCAAUGGUACAGAAAACUAGUAUGUCCAGGACGCCUUCGACUUCGACCCAGGAGAUCCAGAUGGACAUGUUUGAUCAUCUUAGUUCACAGGGGAAGUACGCCAAGCGGAAGAGCCGCUUCAAACGCUCCGACGGCAGCACGUCCUCCGACACCACCUCCAACAGCUUCGUCCGGCAGGGCUCUGCAGACUCCUACACCAGCCGUCCUUCCGACUCAGAUGUGUCCCUGGAGGAGGACCCUGAGGCUCUGAGGAAGGAGGCUGACAGACAGGCCCUCGCCACGCUUGAGAAAGCCAAGACCAAACCUGUGGCCUUUGCUGUGCGGACGAACGUUGGCUACAACUCUGGCCCAAACGAUGAUGUCCCGGUACAAGGCAUGGCUAUCUCCUUUGAGGCCAAAGACUUCCUGCACAUCAAAGAGAAAUACAACAACGAUUGGUGGAUCGGCCGUCUGGUGAAGGAGGGCUGCGAGGUGGGCUUCAUCCCCAGCCCCGUGAAGCUGGAGAACACGCGCCUCUUGCAGGAGCAGAGGAUGAGGCAGAACCGACUCAGCUCCAGUAAGUCCGGAGGAAGUUCCAGCCUAGCUGAUGUUGCCACGGGAACACGCAGACCCACGCCACCUGGCACAGCUCAUGUGGAAAUGUCCACAGUGGCUUUUGACGUUGACCCCCUCGACCUGGAUGCAGAGGAGCCCCCCGAACCCCAGGCUGAGUCCCGCUCGGCCAGGGCUAGCGCGGGCAGCGUCACGUCCCCCCAGGCUAACGCCCACCGCCUCCCCUUCUUUAAGAAGAUGGAUCAUGUCCCCCCCUAUGAUGUGGUACCUUCCAUGAGACCCAUAAUUCUGGUGGGGCCCUCACUCAAAGGCUACGAGGUGACUGAUAUGAUGCAGAAGGCUCUCUUUGAUUUUCUCAAACACAAGUUUGAGGGCAGAAUAUCCAUCACUCGGGUGACGGCGGAUAUCUCCCUGGCCAAGCGCUCCGUCCUCAACAACCCCAGCAAACACACCAUCAUCGAGCGCUCCAGCACCCGCUCCAGCCUGGACGUACUGGCUGAGGUGCAGAGCGAGAUCGAGCGCAUCUUCGAGCUGGCCCGCACCCUGCAGCUGGUGGCCCUGGACGCCGACACCAUCAACCACCCCUCCCAGCUGGCCAAGACCUCCCUGGCUCCCAUCAUCGUCUACAUUAAGAUUGCCUCCCCCAAGGUCCUCCAAAGGCUUAUCAAAUCCAGGGGAAAGUCACAGGCCAAGCACCUCAACGUGCAGAUGGUGGCAGCGGACAAGCUGGCCCAGUGCCCCCCGGAGUUGUUUGACAUUAUUUUAGAUGAGAACCAGCUGGAAGAUGCCUGUGAGCACCUGGCUGACUACCUAGAGGCCUACUGGAAGGCCACCCACCCCCCCAGUAGCAACCCCCCCAACCCCCUACUCAACCGCACCAUGGCCACUGCUGCUCUAGCUGCCUCCCCGGAACCCGUCUCUAACCUCCAGGGGCCGUACCUGGUGCACGGAGAGCAGAGGCAGGACAGGCGUCUGUUGGAGCGCGGCGGGCUCCACGACGACCCUGGCGGCACGGGUGGGAAGCAGCACCUCCAGCAGCAGCAGCAGCACGUGUACCUGCGGUCUUCGCGGGCGCAGCUGCGGGGUGGGCGGGGCCUCUCCAGGCAAGACACCUUCGACUCAGAGACGCAGGGCAGCCGGGACUCGGCGUACACGGAGGCCGGCGACUCCUGCAUGGAUGUGGAGACCGACCCCUACGAGGAGCCGGAGCCCUACCGUGGCGGGGGCGGCCGGCUGCACCCGGCUCAGUACCGCAGCCGCCAGGCCUCCUGGGAAGACGAGGGGGCGGAGCCCGAUCAGGAGAACCUGAACCGCCCCCCUUUGCUAGAGCAGCACGGCCGGGCCAAGCCGAGAGAGCGGUACUGCCAGGACCCGGGAGACCCCAACACCUCGCUGGGUCACAACAAGAGCCAGGAGGACUGGGGGAGGGACGUCUAUAUCCGCUGAACAUGCCAUAGGCUGGGAGACAGACUGACAGACAGGGAGGGGAGUUGGUUUUGGGGGCCAUAUAAAGUCAUUACCUUAAAAUCGGUUUGUUUACAACAAAACAUAAGUGUUCUCCACACAUUACAAUGUUAUAUUAAAAACAGCACAUACUGCCAGAUUCUAAUCUUACAACGUUUUUUUGGAGAUUUAGAUUAUUUAUAAAAAGGCUUAGAUUAAGUCUUUAAGUACCGCAUGACAGCUCUAGUCCUUAACUGAUUACAAUCAUUAUAUGGUUGUAAUUAUUCAGAUCCUCCCAAUGGUGGAGUGUAAAAGUAGCUGGGGUUAAAUAAGAAUGUGUUGGGAUCUGUCAGGUCUGUCAUCUACAGUCUUAAACAGGGUUAGCUGUCCUGUAUAGAGUUUCAGGGUCUAUUCAGCAUGUGGGGGUCCCUCUCCCUCUACUCCUACCUGCCUAGACUCAACCUCUGUGGAAUAAAUGUUGCCAUCUUUUUAUUUAUUUAAAUAUUAUUUAUUUAUUGAAGUAUUGCCUUGGAUCUUGAAACUCAAAACCCCAAAGAAUUGCUCCUUUCCCUACUUUGCUUCAUAGCAUAGACCUGCAGUGCUGUCUGGUGCUGAGUACCACCUGUUCCUCUUCCUGCCUCUAGGGAGCAGCGUGGGAGUAGUUGUUCCACUUGAUAGUCGCUUGUUUCCCAUUUGGAAUGUCGUGCAGUAUAUGAAGCCCUACGGCCUCAGUUUGAUUGCCUCCACCAGUAGUUGUGACUGGAGUAGCCACACCCCCCACUCAAUCGAUCACCAAACACAAGCACCGGAAUGUCUUGCCCACCCCGCCGCCAAAGCUCUACAGCCACACAUUGUCAGUGGAGUGUAUGGCAUUCACUUCAUCUCUGGUGGGUUAAAAUUGUCAAUGCCAUUCUUCUAUGCUGUUAUUUUACCAUCCUGUGUGUGUUGGAACUGAGACCAGGAGUGAUUGUCAGGUUGUAGCUCACACUAACCCUCCCUUGCUACUAGCCUCUGGCCCUGUUCGGAAUCCCCAAUUACAUGUGCUUCUUCUUGAUCUGCAGCUCUACUUUUGUUAUCUGUGAACGUUAGCAAUGAGUUUUACGUCUCUGCAGUGGUUUUAGUGAGCUGACGAGGGGAGGAAGAAAGACAUUCUUUACUGUAGUUACCAUGAUUCGUGAAUGUCGAUGGUGGACAUCCUAGGCCCACUUCUUAAGAAAAAAAAAUGGUCCUGCAAUUAUCACAAUUGUUGAAUGAAAAAUAAUGAAAAGGUGUAAUGAAUGAAAAAAAUAUUGGUGCCUGACUGUAGCCACACGUUCUUCUUUUCUGCUUUUCAUUUAAAAUAUGUGGUUAAUUUAGAAUUUUAAUUAAAACUUUUAUUAGAAAAAUAUCCAAUGCUGAUCACUAUGUUUAUAGGUAGGAGCAAAAAGACCAAUGUUAAAACAAUACAUCUUUUAACUGCAAGAAAAGUAAACCUGUUCACACUAGAAGAAUGGGAAAGGCCCUCAAGGGCCAACACUGCUGUAAAAAAGUGAGUGAUACAAGUGCCAAUCUCAUGAUACCUCUAUGUCACACAGAGUAAACAGGCUAACUUGAUAGGCAGGGACACACUCACAUUUGGAGACUUUCCUCACCCAAGACUCCCAUCUUUCUCUUGCCCCUGAUUUGAUUUUAAAAAAUGCAUCCACAGGAAGCACCCAACAAUGUUUUUCACAGUGUUUAACCUCAGUAACAAAUUGUCUAGCUUUGGGUACAGUAAAAAAAAAAGAACACUUCACAUUUAUUUUUAUUAUGCACAAUGCUGAGAUAAGGGCCAUGACAGGAACAUCUCUCCGAUGUUCCAUGUUUUCAAGAAGUUUAUACAAGAGGUUUACUUUUUGUCUACUUGACUACUCCUUUGCCUUCUCACCUAGGCAAGGAGUAGUCAAGUAGACAAAAAGUACCUGGAAUCCUGUUUCCUGCUUGAUGACUAAGCUUGUGGAAAUGAACUGAUACUUAGCUGCCAUAUUACAUAUUCACGUGAUGCCUCACCUAAACCAGCAGACAGAACACUUCCCUGAAUAUACAGUAUGAGUGUAACGUGUCCUAUAACCACCAUGUUUACACAACAAUACAGAACAAGUCAGAAUCAUGAAGCCUUGACAACAGAAAGUCUGAGUGACCGUGUCAGUGCUGAAUUGCCUGCAGGGAGAUUGUCUUUGUGCUAUACUUUCAGAACAUCACGCAUUCUCCUGAAGUCAAAGCUUUCUGCUCAUCAGCCUCUGCUGAUGACUCAUAGAUCUGAAUGCUGUCACGUGGUCAGUAACAUGUGCUUCUCAGGUACUUUCCGCACAUGUAAAUAAAAAUGAAUCAACAAGAAGACUUCCCUUUCGCAGUAAAAUCUGAUUUCCAAGGUUUAGCAUUGCAACUUUGACAGCUUAAAGUUACACUAUAUGUUUCAUAAAUGAAUUCAUGCACGUGGCAGAUUCAGUAUGUCAGGACGAUUCAUGUGUGCAACUGCAGGUGAAGACAGAUGAUUGUAGAGAUUGUGCAGUGUGCCUGUUUGUGUGUGUGUGUGUGUGUGUGUGUGUGUGAGUGUGUGUAUGUGUGCGUGCACACGCACGCAUGAGUGUACAUGUUUUCCAGACUGAGAGUGGAGUCCUGCUGCUGUGUUAUUCAAGUUAACAAAAAGUCAGGCUCACUGCAUGCUAGCCACCUCGCCAGCAACCCAAAGAAAGAGUCAGCAGUACAAAGAAGAAUCACAUUUCUCCAACAAUGGGUCAGGACUCCAGGUUCUGUAGGACAGUGAACUUAUAUCAGAUGUGGUGUCAAAGAGGACCUGAGGGUCUUGUAAUCCUGUAAUCAUGCUGUCAAAUUCAUCUUCUCCAUGAUAGUAGCACCUCUAGUUGUUGACUGUAAGGGGCUGGGCCACUUGGAAAUGCCACUCCUGGAUCUCUUUCUGUAAGUCAGCUGUUUUACAGUCAGGUUUAAUAGCUCUGUUAUUCUGCCAGAGUCAAGCUGUCUAAUCACUGUCAAUGCCUGCAGCUAUGAGUGGUUUCAUUUUGUGAUUGCUAUCUUGCGGUCUUAAUGUCAGUGCUUUUCAAUCAGAAACAUAAUACAGGAGAAGCACUGUAGCCAAAAGGGGCCCUAGUGUUUUAUAUCACAUUUAGCUGCUUUAAUGUGUGCAUAACAAUAUGUUGCUUCUCUUAAGCCUAGUACUGUACACAGUUUUAAUAAGUGCCUGUUAGUGCUUGUGAUGAGGUGUAAUGAUGUUUACUGCUCCUUUUUCAGACAACUGAUCACUGUUGGCAAUUAACUGUGUUUUCAAGCAACACAUCUUGGAGGACAUGUUGUUCUAAGUACACCCCUCAUAGAAACCACCCUCAGAUUUACUGUCAGGCUACAGGCAGUUGGCUGAAUGGGCUGAUAUAAGUUGUGAUGGAAGUAUUAAAUGCUAUCAUUAUCUUCUUUUAAUGACCCCCCCCCCCCCCUACAAUGUUGUCUUAGCUUUGUUUUGAAUGGCUUUUUUUUGUAAAUGUAAAUGCAUCCUCUCCCCUGCUGCACCCUGGUCAUAUCGCUGGAACCUGGAGACCAAAUAGAACAAAAUGUGUCAGAGACUGCUGUAGCACUGUUGCCAUGUGUGUGAUUGUUUAAUAACACUCUCACAUUGUUCAUCCAUUUCAUAUUCACAACAUAAUGUGAAUAUGAUGUAAAUUCUGGCUGCAGAAUGAACAUGUUGCAGGGCAGAGGAACCCACUGUCAGUGAAACUGAAAAGCCGGUACUGUAAAAUACAUUAGUGCUAUAAAAUGUACUUUAAUGAAUUUCUUUAAUUUACAGCUGUCAUAUUUCACUAAUGCUCACUAAACUCAAAUAUUG